AUGUCUAGUGAAACUACUGUUCGGCGUUCUGCAAAUUAUCUACCUCCCAUUUGGAAACAUGAUUUCGUCCAAUCUUUAACAAGUGAAUUCACAGGAGAAAUUUUUGUACAACGCUUCAACGAGUUGAAGAAAGACGUUGAGGUCAUCAUGGGCCAAACAAUUGAUGAGCCAUUAAAACAACUCGAGCUAAUUGAUACAUUACAGCGGCUUGGAAUCUCAUACCACUUUCAGAAUGAGAUUAAAGUUAUGUUGGAAAGAGUAAACAAGAGAGAUGGAAGUGAUUGGAAGAAGAAUGAUCUGUAUGCAACUGCUCUAAAAUUUAGACUCCUAAGGCAACAUGAGUUCAAUAUUUCACAAGAGGUUUUCGAGAACUUCAUGGAUGAGACUAAAAAUUUUAGCACAUGCCCUUCUGAGGACAUAAAUGUAAUAUUAUCCUUGUAUGAAGCUUCAUUCUUAUCUAUUGAAGGUGAGGAUGUUUUAGAGGCAGCAAAGUCUUUUGCGAUAAACUACUUAGAAAAGUACAUUCAAUCCAGUAUAGAUGAACUUGAAAUAGUCAUUGUGAAGCAUGCAUUGGAGAUUCCCAUCCCCUUACAUUGGAGAAUGUCAAGAUUGGAAACUAGGUGGUUCAUUGAUAUAUACGAGAGAACAACAAACAUGAGUCCAAUUCUUCUCGAAAUCGCUAAACUUGAUUUUAAUAUGGUGCAAGCUAUCCACCAAGAAGAUCUUAAAUAUGCGUCAAGCUGGUGGCGUAGCACUGGACUUGGAGAAAAGUUGAGCUUUGCGAGAGAUCGAUUGAUGGAAAAUUUCUUAUGGACAAUUGGAGUUGGAUUUGAACCUGAGUUUAGAUAUUUUAGAAGAAUGUCUACCAAGCUCGCUGCAUUCAUAACGACCAUCUAUGAUGUCUAUGGAACGUUAGAUGAACUUGAACUAUUUACCGAUGCGGUAGAGAGAUGGGAAAUUGAUGCAAUAGACCAGCUUCCGGACUACAUGAAAAUAUGUUUUCUUUCUCUCCACAAUACUAUAAAUGAGAUGGCGUUUGACGUAUUAAGAACCAAAGGAGUUAAUGUCAUCCAAUGCCUUAAGAAAGUGUGGGUAGAUUUGUGCAAAUCUUAUAUGCUGGAAGCAAAGUGGUACCAUAGUGGUUACAAACCAACAUUUCAAGAAUAUAUAGACAAUGCAUGGAUUUCAAUAGCAGGACCAGUUGUAUUAACUCAUACAUAUGCUUUUGUGACAUCUCCAAUACAAAAUGAGAGUUUGAAGAGCUUGAAGCAAUAUGAUGGUGUAAUUCUAAUUCGUUUGUCAUCAACAAUUCAACGACUUGCAGACGAUCUAGGAACAUCAUCGGAUGAACUAAGAAGAGGUGAUGUACCAAAAUCAAUUCAAUGUUACAUGAAUGACCAUGGGAUGUCAGAGAAGAAUGCUCGUGAACAUAUAAAGCAAUUAAUUGAUGAGACAUGGAAGAAGUUAAAUAAAGUUGAAGCUAAAAAUUGUAUGUUAUUCCAAAGGUUCGUCGAGAUGGCUAAGAAUCUUACUCGAAUGUCUCAAUGCAUGUAUCAAUAUGGUGAUGGACAUGGUAUAGAGCAUCAAGAAACAAAGGAUCGUGUGAUGUCUCUACUCAUUCGACCUAUUCCUAUUCAUGAGUGUACAAAAUAA